UAACCAAGUAACCGAAUUGAACUGAAAUUUUGUAUUCAGUAACACCCCCAAUAAGUUUAUAACAAGUUCAAACCAAAAUCUAAUCAAAAUCAAAAAUAUAAGUCCUCGAAUCCAACCGAACCGAAUCAUUUUCGUUUUAGGUGAUGAUUGUUUAUAUAGUUUUUGGAUUUUAGUUUUUAGUUUUUAGAUUUUGGUUUUUAGUUUUUAGAUUUUGGUUUUUAAUCUUUGGUUUUUGAUUUUGCUGUAGAUAUUAGAUUUUCUAAAAACUUGAAUGGUAACAUUAGAUUUUGGUUUUUGUUUUUCAAAGUAAAAUAAAUUAUUAAAAAUAUUUAUUUUGAAAACCGUGAAAAUACAAAUGUUAUUAUUAUCACUAAAAAUAAACAAACUUAUAUUAAUAUUUUAUUUCAAAAAUAUAUUAUUAAACAAAAACUAAUAGCUAAAUUUUAAAAUACAUUUAAUUUUAUAUCUUGAGAAAAAUAUACAAUUAACUAAACUUUAAAACAAACUAUUAAAUUUAAGUUGUAUUUAAAAAAUAUGGUCAAACUAAUAGAAUUUAUGCAACUUAAAUAUUGCAACAUAAAUAGUAAUAACUGAAUUUUCAAAUUACAUGUCUAAAGUGUUGAUUAAUAAGUUGGACUAUUAUUCAUUUAUUUUUUUGAUAUUAGUUAGUUUCAGUUAUGUCACUAUCUAUUAAAUAAAACUGUAAUAAAGCAAAAAAAUAAAAAAGUCAUCGUACAACAUUUUUACAAAACUGAAAAAUGAUAGAUUUUGGGUUUUGUGUACAAAUGGAUAGUUUUUUCAAAAACUAGUUUCCCUAAACUUUAGGUAAUCCAUUUUCUCAAAAUUUUGAUUGGUUAAAAAAGUAGUUUUUGAAAAACAAAAACCAAAAACUAGAGGCCUAGUUUGAAUAAUCUAGAGGUGACGAUGGGUCCUGUACAAACUCCAUCACUCAUAGCAUACAACAAGAUGCUCAAAUCUUUAGCCGACACUAAAACCUUCACCAAAGUCUUGGCUCUGUUCUCUGAACUGCGACGAAACGCCUUGUAUCCGGACAAUUUCACUUUACCGAUUGUGCUCAAAUCAAUCGGACGCUUGAGGAACGUUUUAGAAGGUGAGAAACUCCAUGGCUACGCUGUGAAAUCUGGGCUUAAGCUCGAUCCCUACGUGUGCAACUCACUUAUGGGAAUGUAUGCUGCGUUGGGGAAGAUGGAGAUCACUCACAAGGUGUUCGACGAAAUGCCUGAACGAGAUGUUGUUUCUUGGAACGGCUUGAUUUCUAGCUACGUUGGGCACGGGAGGUUUGAUGAUGCCGUUGCUGUUUUUAAGCGGAUGAGUAAAGAGAGUAACUUGAAGCCUGAUGAGAGUACCAUCGUGAGCACUCUCUCGGCUUGUUCUUCUUUGAAGAAUUUGGAAGUUGGUGAAGGGAUUCACAGAUAUGUUGUUGGCACUGAGUUUGAAACGAGUGUUAAGAUUGGGAAUGCGUUGGUGGAUUUGUUCUGUAAAUGCGGGUGUCUAGAUAAGGCCAGAGCUGUUUUCGAUUCGAUGAAAGGGAAAAAUGUCAAGUGUUGGACUAGUAUGGUCUCUGGGUAUGUUAGUAACGGUAGGAUCGAUGAGGGUAGAGAGUUGUUUGAGAGAAGUCCUGCGAAAGAUGUUGUUCUGUGGACAGCUAUGAUGAAUGGGUAUGUUCAGUUUAACCGGUUUGACGAAGCACUAGAGCUGUUCAGGUGCAUGCAAAGCCAAGGUGUUAGACCUGAUAACUUCGUGCUUGUCUCUCUCUUGAAAGGCUGUGCGCAGACGGGAGCUCUAGAGCAAGGGAAGUGGAUCCAUGGGUACAUAUGUGAGAACGGAGUUAGAGUGGACAAAGUCGUUGGUACUGCUCUUGUGGACAUGUAUGCAAAAUGUGGGUGCAUAGAGACAGCUCUAGAGGUUUUCUAUGAAACUAAAGAGAGAGACACUGCUUCUUGGACAUCGCUUAUCUACGGUCUUGCCAUGAACGGGAUGUCAUGGAGAGCGAUGGACUUGUACUACGAGAUGGAAAACGUUGGCGUUAGAUUAGAUGAUAUAACCUUUGUCGCGGUUCUAACAGCUUGUAAUCACGGUGGAUUUGUAGCAGAAGGACGUAGAGUUUUCUAUUCGAUGAUCCAGCCUAAAACAGAGCACUACAGCUGUAUGGUUGACCUACUAUGCAGAGCUGGUAGUUUAGAUGAAGCAGAGGAAUUGAUAGAUAGGAUGAGAAAUGAAAGCAAUGAAACUUUGGUUCCUGUAUACUGCUCUUUGCUAAGCGCUGCUCGGAACUAUGGGAAUUUGGAGGUAGCAGAACGGGUAGCUGAGAAGCUGAAGGAAGUGGAAGUUAGUGAUUCAAGUGCUCAUACUCUGCUCGCAAGUGUAUACGCAUCUGCAAAUAGAUGGCAAGAUGUGACGAAUGUGAGAAGGAGAAUGAAAGAUUUGGGAAUCAGAAAGUUUCCUGGAUGCAGCUCUGUGGAGGUUGAUGGGGUGCCUCAUGAAUUCAUUGUUGGAGAUAAAUCAUCAUCAUCAUCUCACCCAAAAAUGGAUGAGAUUAACACAAUGCUUGCAUCAAACUACAAAUUGGAUGUUGAGUUUGGAACAUGAAGUAAUUGAAAGUUGACACUUUCUUGUGUUAGAUAACUUAUUAGGCAACCUAUAGCAAAAGCUGAUCUUACAUUUUCUAACUGCUGGCCUUAAACCAUGAACAUGUUACAUCCCUGCUUUAUGGUAUUAAUGCUCAUGUGAAGUUAAUAAAACGAUAUCAGUUUAACUAAGCUUCACUAACUCAAUCAAGAUUGAAUCUGACAACUCGAACUCCAUUUUUUUAUGUUUGGCUUAUCCUUUUGCUCACAGAUUAGACUGUUUGACAGUACUAACUAUCUAAAAAGCUUUCAAUGUGGGAUUCUCUGGGUCAAUGUCGGCUGGAGCAGUACUGUUAUACCUGUCGCAAAACGCAUGUCUAAUGUUACAGUGAUUGUUCCAAGUCCGGUGGCUACCUUAUGGAUAGGAUAACCCACCUCCUUUAAUGUUUUUUAAUCAUUCCUCUGAAACUCUUAAAAUGCUUCUCGUCUCUCAAAUUACCAUAUAUAAUAUUCGUGGACACUAACCUGUGAACUAUCAUUGUUUUCCAAAGGCUAUAUCUGACUCUGGCAAAGAAAAUCCACCCACUGGAUAGAAUUCUGCUUGCAACCAGCAAAGAUCAUUACCCCUUUUUUAUACGGGAAGUGAUUCCUGGCGCAUCUCCUAAAGAAACAAAGAAAACCAGAGCGAAAGUGGACACAGACCUCGUCUCAGGUGUUCCAGAUCUUUGUCUAAGUGUGAGUUUUUGGAACCUUUUACCAGAGACAACGCUAUUGGAAUACCAGCUUCUGAUCAAAUACGGUAAGGAAAGGACCUUUCUUUUUGGAGAAAGUACAGGACAUUUGUUUCGUUUUGGGUACGAGAUUUUAGGACAAAGUUUUCACUACUCCCAGAUUAAGCAAACCCAGUUGAGAUGUGUCAAAAAAAGUAGAAAACAGAAUCAUUUGUAUGAUUAUCACUUGGAAAACAAAGGUGCAACGGUAUAUCGAUUAAGCAUCCCUUCAACGUCAAUUCCUAGUACAUAAUGCAUAGAAUCACUCGGCCAAAUUCUAUUUUUAAUAUAAUCUAAAACCGGGUUAAUUUCUGACAUAAAAGAAUGGUGUUUACC